UCAGAGAUUCUACUCUCUCCAAAUAUAAGAGAUUCCAAUUUUAAUCUCUCUCUCUCUUCCACAAAUGGUGCGGACUAAAUCGAUUUUUUCUAAGCCCUUUUAACUCACUCUCUCUCUCAAAAUGACUGAAUCUACUCUCUCUCUCUCUAAAUUUGAGUGAUCCCAUUCUCUCUCUUCCCAUAAAUGUUAAAGACUAAACUCUCUCUCUUCCCCUAAAUGGUAAAAGACUAAACUGAAGUUUUUCAACUCUCCCCCUCUCUCUCCUCUGUAUCUGUCUCUCAAAGACGUAUAUGUACCUGCAUGAUAGGUAUUUGGAACAGUUUCCAUGGUGUCAAGGGGGGAGAGAGAGAUGAAUCACUGUGAUGGCAGUUGGGACAUGAGGAGGAGGGGAGAAGAGGAAGAAGGCAGGGUCACACACCAGGGGAGCUUUGGUCACUCGUACUUGGUUCCAUCCAUAUCGGAUUAUCAUGUUGCCGAGCUAACGUGGGAGAACGGGCAUCUCGCAAUGCACGGGCUAGAGUCCGUGCGUCCAGUGAAGCUGAAAUCGAAGCCAUUGUGGACUCGAACAGGGAGUGAUAUGCUCGAGUCGGUGGUGCAACAGGCAGCUCAAGUGGCUCAAGCAAAUGAGCCUAGGGUGAGCCCUAAUGAACCCAUGUCUUGGCUUCCCCAUUGUGCCCCGAAAAAAGCAAUCGAGCCCCAAGCUGCACAUAAGGGCGGAUUGGUCCAAACCAUUGACAGGAUUCCUGUGAACAUGUCAUCUGUGGUGGCGUCCACAAGCGGUAUCUGCGGAAAUUCGGAGGGCUCGUUGAGAGAUAGAGAGAAGAGUACGCCAGGGUUUGUAGCGGAGGGGGCGUCGGAGGGGGCGUGCACCACAGUAGACGACAAUGGCAGCGGGAGCUUCGGGCGCGACAUCGAGACCACUUGGAUGACAUGGGCCUCGCUCGAGUCUCCUAGUAGCACCGGAAAGGCCGAUUGCUCGUCCAAGUGCAAGCGGCGCUCACAGGCAGAAAAGGAUGAUGAAGUCGAAAACAAAACAGACACUGGACGUUCUCAAUCGACUAAAAGAAGUCGAUCAGCAACAGUUCAUAAUCAGUCAGAGAGGAGGCGAAGGGAUAGAAUCAAUGAAAGGAUGAAAGCUCUACAAAAGCUCGUACCUAAUGCUAGCAAGACGGAUAAAGCGUCCAUGCUCGACGAGGUGAUAGAGUAUUUGAAGCAAUUGCAAGCACAAGUGCAGAUGAUAAACCUUAGGAGCAUGCCACACAUGAUGAUGCCUAUGGCCAUGCCCUUGACUCAAGCCAUGUUUGGACAUCAUGGUGGAAUGGCCAUGCCAAGUUUAGGCAUGGCCAUGUCAGUCAUGGAUGCAUGCGCAAGUGGUGCCCAUCCUACACCCCUCAUCCACCCAGCAACGGCAAGCUUCAUGCCGCCUGCAUUACUGGCGACACAUGCAAUGCCUGCUUGUGUGAGCCCAGAGCCAAGCUCGAGUGUCCCAAAGGUCAUGCAGGAUCCUUACUCAGCUUUUCUAGCACAGAGCAUGAACAUGGACCUUUACAAUAAGAUGGCUGCAUUCUACCAGCAAAUGCAACAGCCGACGCACGUGAAGCACCCCGCACACGUGAAUACAAAGCCAGAAUGAAGGAAGUGUUAUGUAAAUUGUAAAGUUACAGGUUAAGGCUGUGUAAAGUGAUGAGCUGAAAACUGGGAAAAAUAACCAUGUAUCAAUCUAAAUAUUGCAUUAUAAUGUAGUGAGAUAUCAAUAAUUAAUACG